GCUACUUGAUGAGCCUCAAUGGCAGUUGGUCCACUCAUGUUGAAGCAGGAGGAUGAAACUGCACACACUUUUUUUCCUUUAAUUUUGAUGACUUAUGUUGACUUUCUACUCUUUCAGUGACGUAAGAAUGAAAGUUUGAAGUUGCACCUGAAAGAAAAUGACUAGCCCCUGCAGGAGCCUAGGUGACCCGAAAGGCAUCAACGACAGUCCCGGUCACAAACCCGAGCCUCCUCGGUACCGCAGCUGGGGAAGCCUCCGCUUCUCCCGCUGGAGAAGCGGCUCCCAGAAGGCCAGCUGUCCCGGGACGCCCUCCCCGAAGACGGACAAGAGGAGUGACGUGAGCAGGACGCUCUUCUCGCUGGUCAAGACGCACAACGACGACUACACGGCAGACCCCAGCGGCCUGCUGGACGUCAACGGUGAAGAUCACGAUGGUUGUGAUGACGAUACGGUCCUGGACCAGUCCACCUACUUCCAGAAACAGUUUGGCUCCAUGCUGCAGCCCGGCGUCAACAAGUUCUCGCUUCGAAUCUUUGGAAGCCAAAAGGGCGUCGCUGCAGAACAGGCCAGGGUCAAAUCCUUUGGAGUAUGGAUCAUUCACCCUUACAGUGAUUUCAGGUUCUACUGGGACCUUGUCAUGCUCCUGCUGAUGAUGAGCAAUCUGGUGCUGUUGCCGUGGGGCAUCACCUUCUUCGAGGACCAGAACACCAUCCCGUGGGUCACUUUCAACGUCCUCUCCGACACACUCUUCCUCCUGGACCUUAUCUUCAACUUCCGCACGGGCAUUCUGGGCGAAGACAGCCACAUCGUGCUGGACCCCAAGCAGAUCCGCGUGCACUACCUGCGCUCCUGGUUCCUGGUGGACUUCGUCUCGUCCAUCCCCGUGGACUACAUCUUCCUGGUGGUGGACUUGGAGUCGCUGCAUGACUCGUCUGACAUGUACCGCACCGCCCGCGCCCUUCGGAUCGUGCGCUUCACCAAAAUCCUCAGCUUGCUGCGACUCCUCCGCCUGUCUCGCCUCAUUCGCUACAUCCACCAGUGGGAGGAGAUGUUCAACAUGACCUAUGACCUGGCCAGUGCAGUGGUGCGUAUCGUUAACUUGAUCGGCAUGAUGCUUCUGCUGUGCCACUGGGACGGCUGCUUGACAUUCAUGGUGCCCAUGCUGCAAGACUUCCCAGCCGACUGCUGGGUGUCUAAAAAUAACAUGGUGAACGCCACCUGGCACAUCCAGUACUCUUACGCCCUCUUCAUGGCGAUGAGUCACAUGCUGUGCAUUGGGUAUGGCGCCCACCCACCGGAGGGCAUGAGCGACGUCUGGCUGACCAUGAUGAGCAUGGUGGUGGGGGCCACCUGCUACGCCAUGUUCCUGGGCCACGCUGCCAACCUGGUGCAGUCUUUAGACGCCUCGCAUCGGCAAUAUCAAGAGAAGUACAAACAAGUGGAGCAGUACAUGUCGUUCCAUAAACUGCCAGCAGAUGUCAGGCAGAGGAUUCAUGACUAUUAUGAGCAGAGAUUCCAAGGCAAGAUGUUCGAUGAGGACAGCAUCUUGGGAGAGCUCAGUGAUCCGUUAAAAGAGGAAAUUGUCAGCUACAACUGCCGAGGCCUGGUGGCCAACAUGCCCCUCUUCGCCAACACUGACCCUCAUUUUGUGACCGUCAUCCUGACCAAGCUGCGCUUUGAGGUCUUCCAACCCGGAGAUUUCAUCAUCAGGGAGGGAACGCUGGGUCGCAAAAUGUACUUCAUCCAGCACGGCACCGUGGUGGUGACGCCGCAGGGCAGCAAGGAAAUAAGACUCAGCGACGGAGCCUAUUUUGGGGAGAUCUGCCUGUUGACGCAAGGGCGACGCACUGCCAGCGUUGUGGCGGAAACGUACUGUCGGCUUUACUCUUUGAGCGUGGACAGCUUCAACGAGGUGCUGGAGGAGCACCCUCUCAUGAGGAGGGCCUUCGAGAGCGUGGCUGUGGACCGACUGGGGCGGGUUGCCAGGAGAGCCAGCCAUCAGCCUUCUGAGUGAACUUCUUUCGCCUGGACAGACCACCUUAUAUGGAAACCCUCAAACACCAUGAGUUUUGCUUCUGUUUACUCCAAUAUUGUGUUUUGGCAACUCAGUCUGUGAAAUUCCUAUGCAAUUCCUCAUUGUAGAUACAUGUUCUUUUUUCCUUGUACAGCUUUAAAAACUGUCUUUCGAAGGCUUUACUGCAGGGUGCUGACGAAUCCUAUGUAGCUGCAACAAUCUGUGGGUUUCUUACGACUAAUGUACACAAAGGACAAUUGACCAGUUGAGGACUUUUAAUAUUCAGUAUUAUCAUGUUAUAUUUUUAUGGAAAAUAGUACAUAUAGUUUCUGACACAUUUCUGACCUGUCAAAGAAUAAAGUACAUCAAUAUGUACAUCAAACAAUUAUGACACUGAGUGUAAGAGCAACACAAUUCUUUAUUUGAAUUCAUCCAUUCUACUGUAGGGUGAUAAAUAAACAAAACACAAAAUAAACAAAAAUUUUAUUUAUUAAAAAUGUCAAAGAAAAUCCAUCCGUCCAUCCAUUUUCUACCGCUUG